CAGCGUGAACUCAUCGCCGUCUCCAUUUUGUGAAAGCUGCCGAGGCCGUGCUGCGCGUCGUCCCGUGAACCCCUGAAGACACAAACAAAAGAGUCAAAGGCAGCCGAAGGACCGCUCGCUGACCAAGUUGUUAUCCGCAAGGAAAGCAAAUCUUAUCGUAUGUCCGCUAUCCAGAACCUCCAAACCUUUGACCCCUUUGCUGAUGCAACUAAGGGUGAUGACCGCCUCCCAGCCGGGACAGAGGACUACAUCCACAUAAGAAUCCAACAGCGGAACGGUAGGAAGACCCUCACUACUGUCCAGGGCAUCUCCGCCGACUAUGACAAGAAGAAGCUAGUCAAGGCCUUCAAGAAGAAAUUUGCCUGCAAUGGGACAGUGAUUGAGCACCCAGAGUAUGGUGAAGUGAUCCAGCUUCAGGGAGACCAGCGCAAGAAUAUCUGCCAGUUCCUCAUUGAGAUCGACUUGGCCAAGGAGGAGCAGCUCAAAGUCCACGGCUUUUAGAAGCUGCUUGCAGCCCACUCCCCCCUCUCCUGAAAGGCCAUUAAACGCCCCCACCCUCCAUCUCUCUUCCCUCUUCCUAUGUGCUGCUGUUGCUCUUCCUCCCCCCUCCCCUCUUUGCAAUCCCACCAGCUCCUGUUGGCUAACACGUGAAUUACCUCUGAUACAAACAUGGGACUCUGUAACACCACCGCCCCCCUACAACACCAGGGGGCAGGCUCGCUCUCACAAAGACACACCACUGCAGCUCCACACAACAUCAGGGAUGAGUGGUGAUGACCCUCCCACACACUUCCACCUCCUCGUCCCUUUUGUUUAUUUCCUUUUAAAGAAUUUUUUUCUUUUUAGGUCUUGUGCCACAAUAAGGAGGCACCGUUUCAUGUAACGUUUUUGUUUUGUACUUCAAGGUGUUUCAAUAAAACAAUGAGUCUCCAGA